AUGAAUGAUGGGAAACAUUGGGACCUCUCCACCGUCAACGAGGCCGAGGAAUUUUGCCAGUCCAAACUUGCCCACCUCGCCUCCAUUCACAGCUCAGAUGAGGAUGACUUUGUCUACAACCUUCUCUCCACCUAUGGACUUUCCAGUCAAAUGACAGCUGGCAACGGCACGCCAUGCGCACUGGGAGUAUCGUGGAUAGGACUGUCGUACUAUCCACAGAGCAAAAACUAUGUGUGGACGGAUAGGACCAAAGCUGACUAUAUCGGACUACCGGCACUUGAGAACACCAAUAACGUUUAUUACGCUAUGAUGAAUGACGCGACGUGCACGAAGGGGUGGAACUAUCAGACGAACGACAAAAUGGCCGCAAGAUAUGUGUGCAAAAAGCAACCGGCGGCU